GGAGAUUAACUGGGGCUGAGGAACAUGGAAAACAUCUGAAACACAACACUGCUCUGGGCUCAACCAUGUUGACUUGUUGUGUAUGUAUGGAUGUAUCUAAUUCCAAUGAGGCAAAAUGGGACAGCCCACAGUAUCGACUAUAAAAAGCUAAGGCGUCCAGGACAGGACACACGAUCAGGGGCGGACAUUCGUUUUGUUCUCCUCCUUCACGGUUUGGUCCGACCGAGAGAGAGAAAUCGUGUUAUUUCGGGUAGCUACUAUCGGCAUACGGCAGCACUGCAGGUCGUUAACAGCUCCAACAGCACCAGAGGAGAGCGGAGAUUUGAAGAGCCCCUCCCCGCCUAAGUAACAACCAGAGCGGGUAGAGUCCAAGCGCAGCCCUGUUGUCAGUUUCAGCACCACCAGCAAGGAAGAGCAGAGCUGUCCAAACAUCCAGCAGUUUGUGACCGCUAUCGUCGGUUGGAUCAUCCACACAACACAACACCCCCAAGACAGCUAUAACCGGGAGUAAUCUAGCGGAAAAUAGCCUACAGCCACCGAUUGAGUGGAUAUUUUAUUUCAGAAUGGCGUCCAAAGGAAUGGGAGUUCUCUUUCUGCUCGGGAUUUUUGCUGUGACUGUCUCCCAGAUUUCUGCUUUUCCCACACCUGCCGAGGAUGAUAAAGCUGUAGUUUACAACAGACGACUGACUGAGGAGAGACCAAUCCAGGAGCAGAUUGCAGAGGCAGAUGAUGUGAAAGCAGCAGUGGAGUCUGCAGACACCAAACCUGCUGUGGAGCCUAAAGAGGUGAAAGAGGCAGAACCAGAACAAGAGAACGAUGACUUCACUCUGCUCAAGUCCCUUGCCGAAGGUCAAAGGUCAAAAGAGACCAAUGAGACGCCGGUCAGAGAGAGCCUGGAGAAGGAGCCUUACUUUCCAGACGAAUCAGAUUCCACCAAGAACCGCCGGCUAGUCGAAGACUAUGACUCAACAAAGAUGGAAAACGGCAAGUACCAAGAUGACCCAGAGAGCUUCAGGCAGGUGGAUGGUACCCCUCUAACGGCUGAAGACAUCGUCCAGAAGAUCGCUACUAAGAUAUAUGAGGAGGACGACAGAGGUGUAUUUGACAGGAUCGUCUCCAAGCUGCUCAGACUGGGCCUGAUAACAGACAGCCAGGCAGACAGUCUGGAGUACGAGGUAGCCGAGGCUCUUCAGGAUCUCAUCACUAAGAACGCAAAGAACAAUGAGAUCGAGGACCUGGGAGAGGACUAUCCCGUGACCCGGGGUGACCAGGAUGACCAGAAUCCCGACGCUAGCAUGGAUGUUACUGGUUCCCCCAACCGUCGGUACGAUGAAGAAGAUGAUGAUGAAGAUCAGGCGGCCAUUGAUGACGACGUGGACAGAGGAGAGGGGGUUGACACAGUGGAUAACACCUGGGAUAGAGAGAGUGAGGGAGAAGGGGAGGAGGAGGAGAGGAGUGAGGGAGAGAGAGAUGAGGGAAACGAGUUGAGUCCAGAGGAUGGUCUUCAGGACCUUCAGUACUUCCCCAACUUCUACCGUCUGCUAAAGAGUCUAGACUCAGAGCAAGACACCCAGGAGAGAGAGACUCUGAUCACUAUCAUGAAGACUCUGAUUGACUUUGUCAAGAUGAUGGUGAAAUAUGGAACCAUCACACCUGAAGAGGGAGUCUCCUACCUUGAAUCGCCCAGAAUGCACAGCGUGGCACGUUGA